CGGUCCAAUAAGUAUCGCAUUGACUUCAUUAUUCAUUCCUACUACUAUCAGCUCCUUCUCACUCAACUUCUGCUUCUGCUUCACGCGUUUCAGUAAGGCCACAUAUACAAGAUUCCGCCCUGCUCGCCCUCUCGAUCCCAUGCAUGGGUCAGCGAAACGCUCGGACUCCAAGCACAGUCUGGGUCCAGCAUGCCAAUAUCGCUAGGCAGCCGCGCAGCAUUCGUCAGCGCUUCAGCUUCAGCGCUGGCUAUCCCCGUGACCUUGGCUGAGUUCUAUGAUCAUGCGCUUUCCUUGCUCCUUCCGCAUUUAAGGCGUCUUCGUUGAUUUGCCUCUUGAGUUCGAACCACAUCUUUGCUACCCUCCUUCCGUGCACAAGGCCUCCUCUGUUAAAACAGUUCAACACUUCCACACAACUCGUUUCCUGAAACUCUUGGAAUAAUGGGCCUUUUCUACGACCAUAUCCCUAACGACCUCGCCGAAUGGAUGCUCAAGCAACCCAUGUUUUGGGUUUCCUCGGCUCCGCUCAGCGGAGAGGGGCAUGUCAAUGUCUCCCCCAAGGCCACCCCGGAUAGCUUUCAUAUGACCAGCCCGACACAGGUCUGGUAUGAGGAUCUAACAGGAAGUGGUAUCGAAACCAUUUCGCACCUUCGUGAACCCGGCAAUGGGCGCGUCACCAUCCUCUUUCAGGCGAUGGAGGGCGGACCACGCCUCAUGCGUCUUUUUGGCAAAGGCAGAGUGCACGAGCUCGGCACGCCCGAGUAUGAGACCCUCAUCCCCCGAGAGAAUCGCAAGGCCGGGUCGCGAGCAGUCAUCGUCAUCGACGUCUACAAAGUCGGAACGUCCUGCGGCUUCGGCGUCCCAAAAUAUAAAUUCGAAGGCCAUCGCUCCGCUCUUGAAGGAUGGUGCGAGAACCUCGAAAAGCCUGAUCGCGCCGCCGACCUCUCAGGUGCCCCUCUAGGCGGAAAGCCCAUCCCACAGGGAUAUGACGACGUCAAGGGCAUGCGCGACUGGUGGCACAUGCAGAAUAUGCAGAGCCUCGACGGCUUGCCCGGGCUGGGCGCCGGGGUGCUUGAGCAGCGUAUGCCAAACAACUCGUUUGACCGGAAGAGUCCUGCGUAUGCAACCAGCAAGAAGGCCCCAAAGGCCAUCGAGGCUGGCAAUCAAUCUAGUGCAGAGUCACAGAAGGGGGUCUUGUCAGUAGAUGCAAAGACGGUCGGUCAGAAUCUAUCAUUGGAACAUCCUUCGGCCGUGCUCGUGAUCGUGGUCAUCGCUGGAGCUUAUAAGUCCGACAGUCAUAUAGCCCUCAAUGCUCUCGUGAGGUGGGACUCCGCUUAUUCCUUGAUACCAAGUUUUACCAACGUAUCUUAUUGGGACACCACCACUGACGAGAGUCACAGACGACUUAACAUCUUCUUACAUUGUCGAUCGCAAACUUUUGCUACCAUGGGAAAGUUCUACGAUCACAUUCCCGAAGACCUUGCUGUAUGGAUGCUCAAGCAGCCCAUGUUCUGGGUAUCGUCUGCGCCGCUUAGCGGCGACGGACACGUUAACCUCUCGCCCAAGUCGACCCCGGAUUCCUUCCAUAUGACCAGUCCCAACCAGGUGUGGUAUGAGGAUCUGACAGGAAGUGGCAUCGAAACCAUCUCGCACCUUCGUGAACCGGGAAAUGGACGUAUCACCAUUCUGUUUCAGGCGAUGGAAGGGGGACCAAGGCUCAUGCGUUUAGUUGGGAAAGGCAAAGUGCACGAAGUCGGUACGCCGGAGUACGAAGCCCUGAUCCCAUCUGGACAGCGCAAGGCCGGCUCGCGAGCCGUUAUCGUGAUCGACGUGUUCAAAAUCGGGACGUCCUGCGGCUUCGGCGUCCCCAAGUACAAAUUCGAGGGCCACCGCUCCGCCCUCGAAGGAUGGUGCGAAUCCCUCGAGAAAGCAGACCGCACCGUCGACGCCACCGGAGGAUCACUCGCUGCCCAACGCACACCAGGAGGCGGGGAGAACGCGUCCGUCGGUGCUGAAGACUACAUCGGCGGAGGCAUGCGCGACUGGUGGCGCGCGCAGAACAUGCACAGCCUGGACGGGCUUCCGGGGCUGAGCUCUAAACCGCUGGAGCAGCGCAUGGAGGUGAACUCGUUUGAUCGGAAGAGCGAGAAGUACGCGAGCGCGAGGAAGGCGCCGAGGGCUGUUGAAGCUGGAGUGGAGACGAAGGUUGAGAAGAAUGGAGGGUUAGUGGGCUGGAAAGAGGUUGUUGGGUCAAUCGGAUAUAGGUUGCUGUAGGUGCGAACUAUCAACGUUUUAACCUUCAUACGCUUGGCGUACAAACGUCAUGCAUUGUGUAUUGUACAUCUUGUUUUGUACCUGAAAAGGUCGAAUCAUGUAUACUAGUGGUAUUGGAGCAGAUAUGGUAUUGCGUUGGCGAUGAUAUAAUACC